CUCUUCGCGUAUCAAGAAAAUCACCAAGUAGAGCUCAAUCAACAAAGGUCCCUUCUUCAAGAACCAAGAUGAGUUCCACCCUCACGCCCAUGUCCCUAACCUUGUCCCUCUUGCUGGCCCUCUUCCUCACUUCCACCCAUGCGGCUACAUUUGACAUUGUCAACCAAUGCACAUACACCGUUUGGGCUGCCGCGUCGCCUGGCGGCGGGCGCCGGCUCGACCCUGGCCAGACGUGGCCCUUGACGGUGGCCCCGGGCACGACCAUGGCGCGCAUAUGGGGCCGGACCAAUUGCAACUUCGAUGCCAACGGCCAGGGCCAGUGCGAGACCGGCGACUGCAACCGGCUCCUGGAAUGCCAGGGCUGGGGGAGCCCGCCCAACACCCUGGCUGAGUUCGCCCUGAACCAGCCCAACAACCUGGACUUCCUGGACAUAUCGCUCGUCGACGGAUUCAACAUCCCAAUGGACUUCAGCCCCACCAGUGGCGCGUGCCGCGGGAUCAGGUGCGCAGCCGACAUCAAUGGCCAGUGCCCGGCGGAGCUAAAAGCCCCCGGUGGCUGCAACAACCCGUGCACGGUGUUCAAGACCAACGAGUAUUGUUGCACCAAUGGGCCAGGAAGCUGUGGCCCGACUACUUUCUCCCAAUUCUUCAAGGAUAGGUGCCCGGAUGCUUACAGCUUCCCACAAGAUGAUCCAACCAGCACAUUCACUUGCCCAAGUGGUACCAACUAUAAGGUCACAUUUUGCCCAUAGACGGUAAAACUUUUACGCAAAAUAAGAAUAAUGAGGUGGGUUUCAAAAAGUAGCUAGUGAGCACAAUUUAUACGGUUGUACUCUUCACUACUGAAAUAAAAUAAUACCAUUGUUGGCGAUUUAUAUGCAACAA